AUGUACCUAGUUCCCGACCUACUGGAAGAGAUCUUCCUUCAACUGCCACUGAAAUCCAUCGUCAAAUUCAGAACCGUCUCAAAACAAUGGAGGUCAAUACUCGAGUCGAGGAGGUUCGAGGAGAGGAGGCUUAUGAUGAAUGCUCAAACGAAGACGAAAAUCAUGGCAGGAGGAGACCACCGAAACCGAACCCUAACGUGGUUCAAAGAGGACGAAGAGGUCGAGAUAGUCUAUCUACAGUGUGAUGUCACCUCACGACCGUCGCUGUCAUGUGACGGUCUAGUUUGCAUCCCCGUACCAGGAUGGGUCAAUGUUUUCAACCCUUCCACCGGAGAGUUUCUUAGAUUCUCUUCUGGCCGAGAUCCACCGUUUCCCGGUUAUGCUAAUUAUUACUUAGAUUCUGUAUUAUUUGAUGUCUUCCCUGGAUAUUGGAGGAUGGGAUUCGGGCGAGACAAUGUGAGCGGGAGCUAUAAAAUAGUGAGGAUGGGCUUUAACCAUCAUUGGGAGAUUCACCGUUGCGAGAUUCUUGACGUUAACAUUGGGAGAUGGCAGAGACUGAGUCCGCCUCCUUAUGAGAUAGGAUAUAGAAGGAAGUCGACAUGUGUAAAUGGGUCCAUCUAUUGGGUAGAAGUAUUGCCUGAUCAAAAACUUUUAGCUUUGGAUCUUCAUGCACAAGAGUGGCGUGACGUUGGACUACCGUUAGGAGCACUCGGAAAAUCAUUCCAGGUAGCAAACCUUGAAAAGCGUCUAGCCUUAGCUGCAACCUAUAUUGACAACGAUCAUUGGAACGUGAAGAUAUGGAGCGCGGAAGCACCAGAAGAAACAUGGAGCGUGAUUUACUCCAUACGUUUAUUCCCUCUCGACCACCCUUACGACGACCCAUCUUCCCCUUUAUGGUUUUGGACUAGGCCAGUGGCGGUUUCUAAGAAAGGAAACCUUUUCUUCCAAUACAGUUACAAGAGGUUGUUCAAAUGUUACCCAGAGACAGGUGAAGUUCGUUUCAUCGCUGCAGAGAUUUGUGUGAUAUCUCCUUUUGUUGAAAAUUUGGUCCCCCUUGGACGUUUGGACAGCAAAACAUAUGGACUUAAACAUCUAGAUCACGUAACGUUGUCCUCCCGGAUAUCCAAUUUUUUCAGACGAAUGGAACUGAAGAGAUCGAGCAUUUUGGUAACCACCGCUGUUGUGACUCUUGUAAUGUUUCGCUAUUGUUCCCGUUUGUCUAGAUCUUGA